ACCUGGUGAUGGGGAACACUAUUAAGGCUCUAGAGCAGUAAUUCUCUCCGCCCCCUGUGCAGUGUGAAAUUCAUUCUAUUAUAAUAAUUAUGUUAAAAUAGUUAAAAGCUUCUGCGAACCCAAAGUACAUCUUUGCUGGGGAGGGUGCCUGUUGGGUCUCUGCACGAGUCGCUGAUUCCGCCUUCCUUCCUUUCUUGCAAACAGAAUAUAUAAUGAUGUUGGAGAGGAAUUGGUUUUUAUGAACCCGAGUCACUGCAACACACUUCUGUUAACCGGGAAGCACAGCCAGAGCAGUGGCAUGUUGGGAAACACUGAGGAGGAGGAGGGGUGGUCCCUCUGAAAGACACCCACAAAAAGUGCCUUUUAAUUCUGUUCAGAAGGAAAGAGAAUCUUGGGCAUUGGCAGACUGGGAGAUGGUGCUCUGCAGGCUUCUCUUUUACGGAAACAUGAAGAGCGUGGAGGAUGGCUGCCCGUCGUGCACUGAAAGCUGUCUUGGUGGAUCUCAGCGGUACGCUUCAUAUCGAAGAUUCAGCUGUGCCGGGAGCCCAGGAAGCUCUUAAAAGGCUCCGCAGGGCUCCAGUCACCAUCAGAUUUGUGACCAACACUACUAAGGAGUGCAAGGCAGACUUGCUGGAGAGGCUGAAGAAACUAGAGUUUGACAUUCAGGAAGAGGAGAUCUUCACAUCGCUAACAGCGGCCAGGAAUCUUGUGGAGCAGAAGCAGGUCAGGCCCCUGCUGCUGGUGGAAGACAACGCACUUCGCGAUUUCAGAGGGAUAGAUACAAAUGAGCCCAACGCUGUGGUGAUAGGACUGGCUCCAGACCACUUCAAUUAUCAAAUGAUGAACAAGGCAUUUCAGUUGAUCCUUGAUGGCGCUCCUCUCAUAGCCAUACACAAAGCAAGAUAUUACAAGAGGAAAGAUGGCUUAGCUCUUGGCCCUGGACCUUUUGUGACCGGACUGGAAUAUGCCACCGACACGAAAGCUACCGUGGUGGGGAAGCCAGAGUCAACAUUCUUCCUGGAAGCCCUGCGUGGUACUAACUCUACACCAGAGGAAGCAGUCAUGAUUGGCGAUGACUGCAGGGAUGAUGUUGGAGGUGCCCAGAAUGCUGGUAUGAUGGGUAUACUGGUAAAAACUGGGAAAUACCGGCAAGCAGAUGAAGGCAAGAUUAAUCCACCACCGUACUUGAUCUGUGAGAGUUUCCCACAUGCUGUAGACCAUAUUCUCCAGCAUCUGCUGUGAAGAAAUCCAAAAGGAUUCAAGUAUCGCCUUCCAGCGCUCAAGGUCUAACCAUCCAAUAGCAUCCAAGGUCUAACCAUCCAAUAGUGCUACUCAACCAACAGUUUUGUGUGGUACAGAUCUAGCUGGAUUGCACCACUUCAAGUAGAAGCAUGUAUGUCUGGGAGCCUCCCCUUAGCAUGAUUGUUUUCCUCUGUGAAGGGCAUGGGGGAAUUCAAACAUGCAGGUCCCCCACCCGAAGUCUGGAGUGGUAUAGUCCAGCAGGACCUUCAUGCCGGCAAUGGUGUGGCCAGGGUGGGUUCUCCUUGGUAUCUGAUCUACUUGUAUAGCAGAGGGAUUACUGUGUUCUUGAAGUCCUUCUAUGGGCAAGGAGAAAGAGACUGUAAUGGUGCACUCCCUUUUCAAAGGGAGAAAACAUUGAGGACGCUCCUGUAAUAAGGGUUUCAAAGGCCUAAUAUAUGUAUGUACGGAAACGCAAUAAAAGGCUGGAUAAAGCACA